AUGAAGUAUAUGGAUUUCAAGACUGUACUCAACAGCUCGAGUUACAAAGUCGGUGCGAGAAGGGCACAUCGUAUUCAAACAUCAUUGAACGGGGGGUUUGAGCAUACUCGAGUUUCAAAAAUUGAUUUCAAGAAUUUUAAGAGGGAUGUUGUUGCUUGUGUUGGGAACAAGGACGCAAAGAUGUUGAUCAAUAAACUAUCAAAUAGACGUGACAUUGUACCAGAUGAAGUUGCUAGGAUUAGCUACAAAGAAUUUGGUGAUGUAAUAUCGUUUGACGGGACGUCUCGCACGAACAAGCAUGCCAUGAUUUCCGUGCCUUUUUUGGCCGUUGACAAUCACAAGGCUUCCGUUGUCGUCGGGUCCGCUCUAAUCAGUGGCGAGACAAUCGAGAACUUUACAUGGGUUUUAAAGGCAUUCAUAAAAUGUCAUGAGAAGCAACCAAUUUUCGUCAUUACAGACCAAUGUUUUGCAAUGAAGCAAGCUAUCCCGAUGGUGUUUACGGAAGCCAAACACAGACUCUGUAUGUGGCACAUUAUGAAGAAAGUGCCUUCAAAGGUCAGUGUCGCACUAAAUCAAGAUCCUAAUUUUAAUAAAGUAAUCAACAAGCUCGUAUGGAACAUACAUAUUGGACCAGCGGAGUUUGAGCGUCGUUGGCAUGAGAUGAUCGAGCAAUACAAUCUAAGGGGUGAUACUUGGUUCACAGAUAUGUAUGCAAUUCGACACUCGUUGAUUCCUGCCUUUUACAAGGACACUCCAAUGUCUGGUCUAAUGAAAACAACCUCAAGAUCCGAGACUUCGAAUUCGUAUAUUAAUAUAUACGAAUCAUACUGGUUUGAUUUGGUUCAAUUCCUUAAUAAUUACGACGUAGCUAUAGAGAAGCAAAGAUACAGACAAUCUGUUCAUGAAAUAGUAACAAGAACCACUAAUCCAAAAUUUGUUACUCCGCUGCGUUUAGAAAGUUAUGCAUCAAGAAUAUACAGUCGGAAUGUGUUUUUUGACAUAUAA